CACAAAUCUUGCUUUGGAGCUGCCAACCACCGCUGCUGCUCCUCCACCUACUGUCAGUCUGCGAGCAAGAGGAAAUCCUCCGUCUCCCCGAGCCCGUCCGGAAGAAAAAGCAGCUGGACCCGAGGGAAGGACAACCCCGGAAGGAAAAUCGAAAAAUAACACCGGGCUGGGCGAUCCCCGUCCGUUUCCUCGCCGUCGCUUGAGAUCAUGGCCACAGCCGUGUGGCCCGCUGUGUCGCCCGCGGACCUGCAGCUGGAGCAGGACCGAGCCUUGGCCAACGAACUCGAAUGGCUCCUUGACGCGCUCCAGGAGUCGCUGGCUGCGCUCAAGGCCGGCUUCGAAGAGUGCGCGUCGCUGCUGGCGCCCGUUGAACCCGGCUCCACGUUGCCUCUCAGCUCGCAUCGCAGCGAGAGCCUCAAAGGCGUCGUCACCCGCGCUGGCGCCCGCAUCGUGAAAGGCGACAUCAAGGUGCGCCUUGCUACCUUGCCUCCGCCAAAGGGCCUCCCCGCCUACCCCUUGGUCAUCUCGUCCGCCGCCCACGCGCCCACCCUCGUCCUCGCCCAGCUGACCGACGCCCGCUCACGCAUCAACGCCUGCCUUGACGUCGUCGAUGCCGCCGUCUGGGCCGGCGACGCGAAGGACCCCCAUUUCAUCGCCGGCCAGCUGCGCCUUCUCGAUGUCAACCUGCAAGAGGCCAAGGCCGCGCUCAAAGGGCCCUCGUCAAAGCCAUGGUUCGCCGACCCCGUGGACCCUGCCGUCUUCGAUCCGCCCCUGCCCCCUUCUCUGUCUUUCCACAUGUCCGUCGUCGACGCCGCCCUGACCGUUGAGCUACGCACCCUCGAGCCCGCCGCCGCGUCCGGAGGCCCCGCUGCCGACCUGCAUGCCUCCUUCUUCAGAGGCAGGCUGGCCCAGGCCCUCGGUGCCGCAAGACCCCACACUCACGACGAGAUCGACGAGGUCUUUGUUUACAGGGGCGAGCAGGUCAAGGUCCGCGAGAAGGUCAGGGUUGAGAGUUCAGAUCCGAACCUGAUGGCGGCCGCCGCGAAGCUGACCGCCCUCGAGCGCAGCGUCGCCCACGCGAGGAAGGCCUUGGAUGUCGUCAUGGGCAAGGACGAUUCAUAGCGCCUCGCAAUCAACCGUGCGUUUAAACUCCUUUUACGUCAAUCACAUGCCUCUCUAGAAAGGGAAAAGAAAGAAG